AAUUGCUUCCUCUUUACUCCUGCAGCGAGCACAAGUAUUUGCCACUCAACCUCUGAGCAGCGUCGGUGACACCACCUGGAAAGCGCUGUUGUGGCCCCAUGGCACGCGUCCUGCAUGCGGCAUCUCUCUUUUUCCUUCUGACUAAGCUCAGCAUUGGCCAGAGAGAAGUAACAAUUCAAAAAGGACCACUGUACAGAACUGAAGGUUACCCAGUCAGCAUUGGCUGCAACGUAACUGGCCACCAGGGACCUUCUGAGCAGCAUUUCCGGUGGUCUGUGUACCUGCCGACAGCCCCAGCCCAGGAAAUCCAGAUCGUCAGCACCGAGAAUGCAAAAUUCUCCUAUGCAGUGUAUGCGCAGCGAGUGCGGAGCCGGGAAAUCUACGUGGAGAGGGUGCAGGGCAACUCUGUCUUGCACAUCGCAGCGCUCCAGAUGAAGGAUGCUGGCGAGUAUGAGUGUCACACACCCAACACUGAUGGCAAAUACCACGGCAGUUACAGUGCCAAGACUAAUCUAGUCGUCCUGCCAGACACCCUCUCUGCCACCAUGAGUCCUCGCACUCUCAGUAAGGAGGAAGAUGACGCCCUAGAGCUUACCUGUGAGGCAGCCAAAGCCACAGCUCAGCACACCCACCUCUCCGUCUCCUGGUACCUGACGCAGGAUGGAGGAAGCGGCCAGGCCACCAAGAUUAUUUCCCUCUCCAGAGAUUUUGUGGUGGUCCCUGGGCCAGUGUAUACAGAGAGGUUUGCGGCCGGUGAUGUGCGGUUGGACAGGCUUGGGGUCACGACCUUCAGACUGCAUAUAGAGAGGCUGCAGCCCUCAGAUCAAGGCCAGGUGUUCUGUGAGGCGGCUGAGUGGAUUCAGGAUCCAGAUGAAACCUGGAGCUGCAUCUCAAAAAAGCGGACCGAUCCAACCGUACUGAGGAUCCAGCCAGCGGGGAGAGAUUUCCAGGUCAGCAUCACAGCUAAGAGCACGUUUGCUGAAGGGAAGCCCUUAGAACUCACGUGCCUGGCAGAGGGCAGCAGCAGUCACCAACAGCUCCAGGGUGCUUGGUUCCUCAAUGGGACGGAAAUUGCCCAGGUGGAUGCUGAUGGAGUCCUGGGCCUGAAGACAGACUACAAAGACAGAGCAAGUCAAGGACAGCUCCAGGUUUCCAAGUUAAACCCCAGGGCUUUCUCGCUCAAGAUCUUCUCUGUGGGGCCGGAGGAUGAAGGUGCCUACAGAUGCUCCGUGGCCGAGGUGGUGAGAUCUCGGAGGGGCUCCUGGCAGGUGCUGCAGAGGAAGCAGUCACCAGUCAGCCCCGUGCAGCUGGUGAAGCCAGAAGCGAGAAGUGUGGAAGUGUCGGCCAAGAACAAGCAGCAGCCUGUGUGGGAAGGAGAGGCGCUCACCCUUCUCUGCAGGGUGGGGGGAGCUGCCAGUCCGCUGUCUGUGAGCUGGUGGCGUACCCGGCAGGAUCAGACCCAGCCCGAGCUGGUGGCUGCUAUGGCACAGGAUGGCACUGUGCAGCUGGGAGCCUCCUCUGGGGGACCCAGUAACCAUGGCAACACAAGGCUGGAGAAAGGCGACUGGGCCACCUUUCAGCUGGAGAUCACCUCCACCGCUGUCGUGGACAGUGGCACGUAUGAGUGCAGAGUGUCUGAGCGGACCUGGAACCCGGCCAGCGAUCUGAGCUGGGCUCAGAGGACUGCGGUUACCGUAAAGUCCCUGCAGUCAAGUCUACAAGUGAAUCUGAUGAUCCGUCAACCUCAAGUGACGUUAGCCAGCACCUUUGACUUGGCCUGCAUCGUUACGACUGGCUAUUCGGAGCUCAGCCUACCGCUGUCUGUGACAUGGCAGUUCCAGCCGACUAGGUCUCCUGUCUUCCAGCAGCUCAUUCGGAUCUCCCACAAUGGCACUAUUGAGUGGGGAGAUACCCUACCCCAGUUCCAUAGGAAGACAAAGAUCUCACAGUCUUCAUCUCGCUCUCAACUCCAAAUCUACGAUGCCACUGAGGAAGAGAUAGGCAUGUACAGGUGUAAAGUGGAAGUUCAUGACAGAAACGCCCUACUCACCAAUGGGUUUGUGAGGGCUUCUGCCAUCUCUCACCCGGUGAGGGUACACAUUGUCUUACCAGUGAGCAAGCUAAAAGUGAAUUCAAGUAGCCAAGUCCAAGAGAUCGCCAUCAACUCCAACACCAAAAUAGAAUGUAGCAUUUUGUCCUGGUCCACUGGAAACCUCCAGUUGGUUGUUAUUUGGUAUUUCUCUCCUAUUUCCACGAAUGCAUCCUGGCUGAGGAUCCUGGAAGUGGACCAAACCAAUGUUAUAAAAUAUGGGGAUGAAUUUCACACCCCUUGGAGGAAACAAAAAUUUCACGCUGAGAAGGUUUCCCAAGAUUUGUUUCAGCUGCACAUUCUGGGCGUAGAUGACAGCGACCAGGGUGACUAUCACUGUGCUGUGGAAGAAUGGCUCUUGUCUACAAAUAGCACUUGGCACAAGCUUGGGAGCGAGAAGUCAGGACUAACACAAUUGAGACUCAAGCCCACAGGAAGUAAUAUCCGUGUCUCCAAGGUGGACUGGACAGCAAACGCCACUGAGCACAGAGAGGUGGCCAUGCGCUGUGGCCUGGAGAACUCGGGCGGCCCAGCUGCCCUGUACUCCGUGAUCUGGUACUGGAACAGAGAGCAUUCCGGAAGUAAAAUGCUGGUGCACCUGCACCAUGAUGGCUUGCUGGAGUAUGGGGAAGAGGCGCUCCAGAGCCGUCUGCACUGCUACCGCUCAGCCCCUGCGGACUUUGUCCUGAAGCUGCACCGGGUGGAGCUGGCAGAUGCUGGCAUGUACUGGUGCAGGGUGGCAGAGUGGCAGCUACAUGGGCAGUCGAGCAAAUGGGCCAGCCAAGCGUCAGCUGAGUCACAGCGCAUGAUGCUCACCGUGCUGCCCUCAGAGCCCACGUUCUCUUCCAGGAUCUGCUCCUCCGUCCCUUUAGUCUACUUCCUGUUCAUCUGCCCCUUCGUCCUGUGCGGCCUGCUCCUCCUGGCCCUGCUCUGCGUAUACCAGAAGGCCAGGAAGGUGGCAACGCUGGGUUCCAAGGCGCAGAAAGAAAAGGCCCUCUGGCUCGAUCUGGGCGGGGCUGGGGGCAGGACCACAGACAGAAGGGAAGACCAAGAGGAAGAGGAAGAGGAAGGCCAGUGAGCUCCGAGAGGCACCGGCAGCUGACGCAAGGCCUUUGCACCGGAGUCCCGGGUGUGGGGGAAGGGGAGGGAGGGAUCCUCAUUCUGUUUGUUGCUGUGGCCCUGGCAGUGAGCAGGCACAUUCACUGUUGGGUGUGUACACAGGGCCGGGCAGUGCUUUGUGCUGCUGUAGAUCACCUCAUCGUCCCCUCACACCUCCCCCACCCCGGGGGCUAGCCAGCACCAUUCCCCCUUCCCAGAGACCAUCCCUCACGGAAGUCCCGCUCCUCCCCACACAGCCUCUCAGUGCAGGGAGACCCUGUGGCAAAGCCCGGGGGCCUCCCUCCCCUCCCGUCUCUUCUCCUCUCCAAUGGCUCUGGGAACACCACCGGGAGUAGCCCAUCCCACUGGCCCUAGGUGGCCUUCCCCUGCAGGUAAGAGGCCAAGACAAGCUGGGAACGUGACAAGCUCUCGUGUGCCUCCGCGCUCCCUCUCCGACCAGACUAAAACUUCUUUGGAGGCAGAAAUCCAGUUUUCUUCCUCCAGCCCAUCUAUAAAUGCCUACUCAAGAGCCUAAGAGUAGGUGUUUAAUCCAUUUUGGCUCAUUGACAACAGGCUAAGACAGCUGACAGCCGAGUUUUUCUGUCCUCUGUUUCUGUUCUCUGUAACUUCCUAAGUCAUCACUGAGGAGCAACCGUGUUUCGUUUCGUUUUGUUCCGUGGGGCAAUGCCCCUGCCCACCCCCAGGGCCCCUAGUUUCCUUUCCUCCCCUGCCAAAAGGUCCACGGGGUCCUGGGGCAGCUGUGGCUGGUGGCAAGGGUGGUGGGAGCUGUGUGGAAGGGCAGGGAUUAAUAGUGGUCCCGUCCCCCUCCUAUGCCAGCAGGGCCAGAGUUCGGGGAAGCAGAGGUCCACUCUGGCCCCUGGGGGUCAGCUAUCAGGCUGGAAAAUUUCAAGGAGGUGGGUGUCAUGCUUGAGGCUUUCAACAGCUGCACUGGGGCUCCCUCCCCGUUGUCUCACGUUGCACCCUGUAUUGGAGAUCCAUCGAAGCCGCACCGCAGACUUGAGAAAACACAUCUAUUUAUUGUCUGUGUGGCCAAAGGGUUCACACUCGGCAAUUUGCAUUUCCAAGGAGAGCGAUUUAUUUUUAAUUAUUUUAUCAGGCACACAGCCCUCUCCAAAUGUAAUUGGUUCCUUUGCAAGCGGAUUAUUGGUAGCUAUAAGAACUCCCACUGUAGACUCGCUUGUUCCUUAAAUUCAUCUCCCUUUAUGCCCCACGUGAAAUACUCUGAAUGUUUCCUUAAGCAUGUCAACACAUUGGUUUCUUCUCUAUCAGGUAAGGGAGCAUUUUAGGGCAAAUGAAGCUGGAAUAGAGUGUUCUUAGAAAGCCCCAUGGUCCCCUCCCCUCACUUUUUAGGAAUCUGUAUUUUAAUUGGGAUUUUGAAGGGAUGCGAGCCUUGGCCAGAGAAUCAUGGGUUCUGGUGCUGCUCCUCUGCCUGAGAGCCCCCCCCUCCAACGCAACCCCUCACCUCCCUGUUCACCUUCCAGCUUCUUCACAUUUCAAUCCAGCACAGAGAUGCCACAGAGACCACCAGCCUGUUCCAGCCAGGGCAAGACAGGGGAAGCAUUACUUCCAGGAGCACUUCUAUGUGUCAGGUGCACAGGGCUCAGCGGUGCCCACCCCCACCCCCAGGAGGAUCAGUGUGUUUGUUCUGAUCACCCUGCUUUCAUUCAUGGGCCCUACAGCACAUUUUAUUUUCUAAGCAGUUCCAUUUCACUGUGGGUCUCAUCAUGAGUUUUUUCAGGCAACUAAAACCCCUAAGUCGUCUUUCUCCUUUUGAACUUCUAGAAUAAAAUUUGUUUGAAUCCAA